AUGGGCGCCGUCGCGGGCACUGGCGACCCCCAUCUGCAGAACAUCCUCGGCGAGCGCUUCGACCUCAUGCAGGCUGGCAGGCACGUCUUGGUCCAGAUCCCGAGGGGCGCGCGCUCCGAGGGCACCCUGCUGCGCGUCGGGGCGGAGGCGCAGAGGCUCGGGGAGCUGUGCGCGGACAUGUACUUCCAGGAGGUGAACCUCACGGGAACGUGGGCGGAGGCAAAGCAGACUGGUGGCCUCCGGUACCGCGCAGCAGAGGCCAGCACCGAGGAUGCCAGGUGGAUGCAGCUUGGGAGGGUGGACCUCAAAGUCGUUCACGGACGCACGAUGGAGGGGUUCCGUUACCUCAACGUCUACGCGAAGCACCUGCGCCGUGCCGGGUUUCCUGUCGGAGGCCUGCUGGGCGAGGACGACCACAGCAAGGAAGCGACCUCCCCCCAGAAUUGCAAGCACCGCCAAAUGAGCCUGCUGGAACCGCACCACGGCCCGAGCAGGCCGGCCGCCUCCGGCAUGGAGCCCAGCUGGGCCAGCCUGGCCUGA